AUGCGCGCUGACAAUGUGUACAAGACAUCGCUUGCAUACGGAAUGUACGCGUAUAGUGUGCGGGGCGCUCUUCUUCGACAGGCGUAUGUACGCAACGCGGGCGUAACGCUCACGCCAGCCCCAGGUGUGCCUUUCAGACGCCCUGAAAAUGGUCGAGAUGUACCUCGCAAAGGGCCGAGAAAACACUUGAGGAACGAUGACGAGAAUAACAAAAGACGGUAUCUACGAGGGGCAAAACACGCAUCACACUGGGACGGAAGGCCCGAUGACGAUCAACACAUAGCUGUGGGACAAGGUGUGGACGUUUAUCGAGCUCUCGAGGUUCUUUCAUCGGCGAAAAUCCAGAUACUUAUGUAUUUCUUAUUCACUCCUCUGGGGAAUGUACCACCAUCUGCGAGUGGCAAUGGCCAUUGA